AUGCCAUAUCUCGGCAACAUCACAUCUGAGUUCCCAAUCUUCCUCCUAUCAGGCUUCCCUGGGCUGGAGGCCUUCCAUAUCUGGAUCUCAGUUCCCUUCUUCCUUCUGAGCACAGUUGCUCUCUUGGGGAACAGCAUGAUCCUGUUGGUGGUGGUACUGGAGCCAAGCCUCCAUGAGCCCAUGUACUAUUUUCUCUUCAUGCUGUCUACCACUGACCUGGGACUGACCCUCUACACAAUGCCCAUGACUCUCGGUGUCCUCUGGUUCAAUGCUCGUGAAAUCACCCUAGAUGCAUGCAUCAUCCAGCUCUUUUUCCUCCACAGCUCUGGCUUUAUGGAAUCCUCAGUACUGAUGGCCAUGGCUUUUGACCGCUUUGUUGCCAUCUGCAGACCUCUCAGAUAUGCCACCAUCCUGACAGAUGCCAGGAUCUUAAAGAUGGGUGUCACAAUUGUCCUCAGAAUGUUGAUCAGCCUCUGUCCAUCCCUCUUUCUCAUUAAGAGGCUGUCAUUUUGCAAACGCAAUGUCCUCUUCCAUUCUUACUGCGUCCACCCUGAUGUGCUUAAGGUUGCAUGUUCUGAUUCUAAAAUGAACAGUUAUGGAGGUUUAGCUGUUCUCAUUCUGGUCACAGGAAUUGAUACACCAUGUAUUGUCCUCUCCUACAUCCUGAUUAUCCGCUCUGUACUAAACAUCACCUCCUCAGAUGGACGGAGUAAGGCCUUCAGCACAUGUGGCUCCCACAUCGGGGCAGUUGCAGUCUUCUACAUUCCCUGGGUUGUACUUUCAGUUGUCCACAGAUUUUUCCACAAGGCUCCACCAUGUUCACCCACUCUUGUCCAACCUCCAUUUUCUUGGCCCCCCUGUGCUGAAUCCUAUCAUAUAUAG